AUGGAACUGCUCCUUGAAGCUGGAGCAAAGCUCAAUUUACCGGUGCACGUUAUGCUCAAUCCCUUGGUGGUUUAUGCAAAAGCCAAAAUGCAAUAUGGCGCCAUGGGAUUUGAUUCCUCAUUCAGUCAUGGGGCAAGUGUUCGGCCAACCUGGUACUCUGAUGGCCGUGGACAAUACCAUGAUUCAAUUCCAAUACAUGAACUAUGGGGAGUAUGGGAAGGCCGCGCAUGUAUUCUGGACGACGUCAAGUUCAAUAUAAUAAAGCUUUCUAUUGAACGACACGCCGUUCAGAACGUCGCCACUAACUUUAUUGAACACUGGUUCAGACAGCCUGUCAAUAUUGAUAGCGAUACAGAAUCUAAGUCUAAAAUGAUGGAACCCUCCCGGAUCAUCUUGAAACUUAUCUUGCGAGAUUUCAAUUUCAAAACUACUAUGGCCCAAGAUAUGAAACCUCUUUCGCAGAGAAUUAUACAGAUGGAGAAGACUGAUUCACCCUCGGAGAGUAUCAUUGACCCUAUUCUGAAGGAUAUGUUGAUGCCAUACGUCAAGCUCACGGCAUCUGAACAAUGA